AUGACAGCCACGACAGCAAAUACCAAUCGGGCUUUCGACCUGCACCCUUUCUCCACGAAUCCGCUCAAGACGCGUGACGAUGUUGUUGCCGCCGUAGGUUCACUGCUGGAUCCCCUCAUUCCUGGUUUCUCUCCAGACAAUGCUUUGAUCAAGGUAGGCUCCACAGGUACACGCUUUGAUGAGACAGGUGCUCAGGUUGAGGGUUUCGCACGCCCACUAUGGGGUCUCGCAUCGCUGCUAGCUGGUGGCGGCAAGUAUCCAGCAACCGACAAGUUUGUUCAAGGCCUCAUUUCUGGCACGGAUCCUGAGAGCCCAGAAUUCUGGGGGUACAUGGAAGAUACAGAUCAGAGGAUGGUGGAGGCGUGCCCGAUUGGAUUCACGCUUGCUGUUGCGAAUAAACAGUUUUGGGAUCCAUUGACGGACAAGCAGAAGAAGAAUGUGGAGACGUGGUUAGGGAGUAUGAACGAUAAGAAGAUGCCGGAUACAAACUGGCUUUGGUUCCGCGUCUUCGCCAAUCUGGGACUCGAGAGGAAUGGGGCGAAGUGGUCAAAAGAGCAGCUAGAGAAGGAUAUCAAGCAGCUGAACACGUACUAUCGUGGUGAUGGCUGGUCCAACGAUGGACCUGACACAUAUCGCCAGAUGGACUACUACUCCGGCUCCUUUGCGAUCCAAUACCUGCAGCUCCUCUACUCUAAACUCGCCACAGACAUUGACCCGGAGCAAGCCGAAGAGUACAAGAAGCGCGCACACAUGUACGCCCUUGACUUUGUCCAUUACUUCGACCCUGAAGGCCGCGCCAUUACCUUUGGUCGCUCGUUGACGUAUCGAUGGGCCAUGGUAGCCUUUUGGGGCGCCGUCGCCUACGCCGACCUCGAGCUUCCUGAACCUCUUUCCUGGGGCGUAGUUAAGGGAAUUUGGAUGCGCAAUUUACGUUGGUGGACAACGCAACACGACAUCUUCCAGUCCAACGGCAUGCUCACAGUGGGCUACUCGUACCCCAAUUACUACCUAGCCGAGAACUACAACUCGCCGCAAAGUCCAUACUGGUGCAUGCUCGCCUUUGCUUGUCUCGCAGUCCCAGAGUCACAUCCCUUCUGGUCUGCUAAAGAAGAGCCACAUCCUUUUGCCAACACCCGCGUUGUGCGUUCGCUCCCUCAUCCACGUCAAAUCGUUUGCCGGUCCGGCGGCCACACCUUCCUCCUCUCGAGCGGUCAGUCUUGCCACUACGCUAUCAAGAACAGCAACGCCAAGUACGGUAAGUUCGCCUACAGCGCCGCCUUUGCAUACUCUGUUUCCACUGGUUACCAGGAACUCGAACAAUUCGUGCCAGAGUCGCAACUCGCCUUCUCUGACGACGGGGGCGAGCUGUGGAAAAUGCGGAGGGCACUUAACGGUGAUUCGCGGAUUGACGAUCGCGAUGGAGUGCCUGUAUUGGUGUCGAGCAUGAAGCCAUGGAGUGAUGUGGAGAUAACAUCGUAUCUGAUCCCGCCAGCCGAGGAUACACCAAACUGGCAUCUGCGCGUCCAUCGUGUGAUUUCGGGUCGAGACGUCAAGAGCGCAGAAGGCGCAUGGGCUGUGUACGGCGCACGCGAGUCUGACGGUCGCCUCCUCACUGAAUGGAACGGUACACUGCGUAAAUUAGAUACCUCAGUCCCCGAAGGCGCCUCCUCAGACCAUGCAUCCGCCUUCGCAGCCUCGCCCCGUACAGGCGCAGUCGGCAUCACGGAUAUCUACCAGAGCCAACGACAGGGUAGUGUAAUCCUGGCUGAUGCGAACAGCAAUCUUGUCGAGAGUAGGACGGUGCUGCCCAUUGUGCAAAAGGAUAUUAAGAAAGGGGAAACUGCGUGGUUGGUUACGGCGGUGUUUGCUAUGCCUGCCAGUAAGGAAGGGUGGAGGGAGGGGUGGAAAGAGGGCUGGGAAAAGAGACCGGCUGUGCCUGGGUGGGUAAAGAGUAUGCUUGAGGCGUAG